GAUUGGGGGGUGCGCGCUGUCAGAAUGUGCGCGGGCUUACGUAGGGACGUAGGAAGCGCGCGAAAGCUGUAGCAGGAAGUGAGAGUGGUUGAGGGGAAACGGCGGACAAACCGGGAUUUGAAUCUAUCAAACUACUUCCAUAAUCUACAAACAUCUACCUUACUAUGGCAGAUCCGAAGGUGAGGUCACUUGUUCUGUAUCAUCUGCUAUAUUAUACACGGUAUAAAAGCUAAAUUCGGUCACAAAUGUGUUUUUAUUUGUCAUAAUCUGUCAAAGUUUGCGAGGGAGAAAUGCCGACAAUGAUGUUGGCUUCGGUGAUGCUAGGGAGGAUGUAGACGGGUUGUAAAUGGUAAAAGAUAUCAUUAGGACCAAAGAUCUUUUUCAGAGUCGUACAGAAAUGUUGAUUAUUUGCUGAAAAUCGCUUUAGGUAAACACUGAGAAGCCGUAAAGCUCUGUGAAGUGUGCAGACAGUCAGCAUGUUAACAUUAGCAUCCUACUGAUCACUAGCUGCUCUGGAAGCCAUCCGGCUCAGCGCUCUUAUAUUUAAUAUAUUAUCACCUGCUGUCUGAGUAGGAAACAUCAUUCGCUUAGUGUUACCGGCUUAUUUGUGAAACCGGAUGAUAAAAGUGUCUCUUUGUCUUUGUUAGCCCAGGCGCAGCAGGUGCUAACACUUUAGCCUAGUGUUAGCUUUGUAACUGGACGCUGGAGUCAGUGACUGCGUGUUUUCUGACUCCUAGAAGAAACCGGCUCUCGUUGCGACUCAUACCAGCAAGCUUGAACGUAAUGUCGUAAAAUAAUAUGUGGGUGGAAUUUUGUCUGGUGCAUGUUCACGUUUUAUAGUAGUGUGAAAAUGAGAGGUUAGUUCCCGGCUAGCAUGGUAGUAACGGGCCUUAUCAACUAGCUGGGUUAUUUCACACGCAGUGAAUCGUUUCUAUCGAGACAAAGUUCAUUAACUAGUUGUGAACAUAAUCUACGUUAAACUCUCCGUGUCAGCACUAAGUUUCAGGUUUGAUCUCUUUGUAGUUGAUCCCCCUAUAAGCGCUAUGUUAGCGGAUUGUUAGUAGUUAAGCUAACUGAAGGCGCAAAGACUCCCCUGUUACUACUAUUGAUCUGUACGGUGGCCGAGAACAGCCACUGCUGCAAGUAAAAUAAAAAAAAAGAGCCCACAACAGAAGGUACUGAUGCAGAAAAAGAACCCAAAGCCCGCUGCAAGUAAAAAAAUAAAAGGUGCAGAUUUUAUAAAAAAGCCUCAAUAGAAGUUAACGACACCAAAAAAAUGUGUGGGUGCAAAAAAAUGAUAUAGAAAGUUACUUAUUGUGAAAAAUUAAAAAAGGUACAAAUAAUAAAAGCUUCAAUGGAAUGAUGAUGCGCCAGUGUUUUCCGAUCGAGGCUCAGAGGGCGAGCAAAGAAGUUGGUGGAAAGGUUAUUGUUUGAUUUUGCCACGUGUGCUUUUCAUUGUGUCAUUCGGUUAGGCUAUGUAGUGUCUUGAGUCGAUACGAAGUUGAACUGGAGGAUGCCAGUGUAGUGUUAGCUUCAACUUCACAUCGACUCAGGUGCAACAUGGCCUAACCAAAUGACACAUUAAAAAGUUUACGAAGCGAAAUUAAACCAACCUUUCCAUGUAGUUCUUUGCUUGUCUUUUCGCCGUCGUCUCCUGUGCCUAGAUCGUAAAACACCGGUGCAUCAUCAUUAUUGGUCCCCGGCAGCUCACUUCCGUUGUGGCUUUUUUUUAUUUUCACCCUUUUAUUUUCACAGUGAGUAACUUUUUUUCCCCCCAUCGCCACUUUUAUUUUAUUUUUAAUUAUCUACACCGUCGUCGCCCCCCCUCCCCCAUCGCCACUUUAAAAAAAAAAAAAUUAUUACCUCACUUUUUCUUUUAUUUGCAGCGGGCUUUGGUUUCUUUCUUUCUUUUUUUUUUUGCAUCAGUAACUUCCAUUGGGACUCCUUUUUUAUUUGCAUCUUUUUAUUUUCACAGUGAGUGACACCCCCCCAUCGCCACUUUUUAAAAAAUUAUCAUUAUUAUCUGCACCAUUUCUCUUUUUAUUUGCAGCAGGCUUUAUUUAUUUAUUUAUUUAUUUUUUAACUCUUAUCAUUUAUUUAUUUAUUUGUAUCAUUAACUCCGGUUGUGACUUCUUUCUUUUUUUUUUGCGUUCUUUUUUUAUUUCAGCAGUCUCGGUUCUCGGCCACCGUAGCUCUGUGAUGCUAAUCAAAAGAUACUAACCUUGAAGUGAUGCCAAAUCAGUUCCCUGUCCUCCAAAUUAAACUGAAUAUGGCUUAAGAAUUCAGACGACGCCUUGUCACAGGUUUUCCACCAAAAUGUACAAAAACAUAAAUUAGCAGCCUUUGUCCUCAGUUUUCUGUUAGGGUUUUCCACGACCCGAUAGUUCUAUACAUUUACUCCUAACACAUCUCCAUGAGAGGUCCCACCCCGAACAGAACUAAAGAUGCUUUGCUCAGCAACUACCAGAGGCUUUGUGAGUUCCUGUAACAAAAGCUUUACUUAACCAGUGAGCUCUUAAAUCCCCCCCAUUCAUGCACUCACGGCCUGUUGUUCAGGUGGUAAAAGUCACUUUGUGACAGUAAAGUCUGAUGUAUACUUUUGCGUCGAAUAAGUACCUUUGCAAAGGCCUGAGUAUGCAGCAGGAGGUGAAUCACCUUAACCAGUGCGCAUCCAAAAUACAGUGAGAGGGUCUGCUGGGAAGUAAAGACUAUCACUUGCACUUAAACGACUUACGAUCUCCUACGAUGUCUCCUUUCUCUUAACUUUGCAGUAUGGUCAACAAAACUAGAAAGGAAGAGUAAAAGGCAGAGUAAUUCAGCAGUACUAAAACUAAACACCAGUGUACAAAUAGCGCUCAUGACUGCACAGGCCAUACAGUGUAGUCAUGAGCACAAGUAUUAACCAGGCUUGAGUUUUGAGGCCUGUACUGUACUGUUUCAAAUGUCACGGUCAAAUAAUCAUACAUUUUAUGCUUUGAGUUAACUUAUCCACUGCUUCCCGCAGGACCAGGAAGACCAUGACACUUCUGCAGAUAACGCAGACGACUCUAACCAUGACCCCCACUUUGAGCCCAUCGUGUCUCUUCCUGAGCAGGAUGUAAAAACAUUAGAGGAGGAUGAGGAGGAGCUCUUCAAAAUGUGAGUGGCUUUUCAAUACCUCUUUGUUCACCGGAGUGUUAGUUUUGACCAGUGUCAUAAUAACAAUAUAAAGUUAAUGAAGUAAUUUGUUUAUUCCCCAGGAGGGCCAAGCUUUAUCGUUUUGCCUCUGAGAACGACCCGCCAGAGUGGAAGGAGAGAGGGACAGGUGACAUCAAGCUUCUGAAACACAAAGAGAAAGGCACAAUCCGUGUACUGAUGAGGAGAGACCGGACUUUGAAGAUAUGCGCCAACCAUCACAGUGAGUCAGGGUGAUAAAUGGGAUUCAGAUGCAUCCUAAAAUAAUGACUCAUUUUAGUACUAUAGAGUACUACAGGAUGAGUGUGUGGAAUAAGUGCAUGUUUUUUUUUCACCUUUUUCCCCCCAAGCCCAUCUGCUUAAACCUUGUAUUCCUCACACUUACAUGAGCACCUAAUCUUCUGAGAUAGCCUUCUUAUCAGUACUGCUGAACUGUAAUGAACAUGAACUGCAGGUUUCGAUAAGAGGAACAUAUACUUAAAGAAAACACUAAUAACAGCCCAUCUUUUAAUUCAUCAGCUGAAAUAUAUGUGUGCAUGUCUCUGUCUCUGCCCUCGUAUUAACUUUGUCCCCAUUUCCUGAACUACAGUUAUUUCUACGAUGGAGCUGAAGCCCAAUGCUGGCAGUGACAGGGCGUGGGUGUGGAGCACACCAGCAGAUUAUGCUGACGAAUGCCCCAAACCUGAACUCCUGGCAGUACGCUUUUUAAAUGCAGAAAGUGAGUAUUUAUACAUUUAAUCCGCAAUUACACUUGAAAGGUGCCGUGAGCGGCGUUUUAAUUUAUGUUUCGAUGACUCUGAUGUGAGCUGCAGCUGUAAGUCUAUUUUCUGCAUCUGAACUGUGGACAGAAUCCAGCAGCUGAUUUCUCAUCAGUUGAUCUUUUAUCCUCAUUUGUCAUUGCACGCUGAUUUAGCAGCUUCAUACAACAGCGUGGUGAUUUUAACACACUCUGUUCUUUCUGCAGAUGCUCAGAAGUUUAGGGCAAAGUUUGAUGAGUGCAAGGAGGAGGUCAGAAAAAAACUUGAGGGAACAGGUAUGAAACUCUUUUAAAUAUUGUAUUUUUUAAAUGAAAUGUGACUAUAAAUGUGCACUGUUGUAGGGGUUUUAUUGUUAGAAGUAAUGAUCCUUUAUUACAUUACAGGAUGCCUGCAGUCAUUAUCUUUAGAGCCCUGUGACAUACUGAUUUGUAAGCUUGAAUGAUGCCCUCUUAGACCCGUUUAAACAGCUGUUAUGUGAGCAGAUUCAUGAGCCCGCAGACACACUCUGUUCUCCGCUGCUUCCUCCAGCCUUGGACUUUUUCUGUCUGCAACAUGACCAUGCAGAAUGUAACACUUAACUGGCUUUAUGAAAGGCUGGUGAGAUUAUGUUCUGCUACAAGAGCUCAUUUUACGGUGAACAUUUUCAGGCGUUUUAUAACUGCUGUAAUAAAAACAGAAUCUGGAGUAGACCUAAAGUUUUAUCUGAGACAGUUGUACGAACAUGUCAUUAACUUCAUGUUUUACGUUUUUGCUCCAGGCAACACUGAUAGCGCAAACAAAGUUGCUGAGAAGCUGGAGGAACUCUCAGUAAAAGACAAGGCUUCAGAAGCAAAGAAGGAAGGGGGCAAAAAGGAGACUGAGAAGAAAGAAGAUGAGAAAAAGGAGGUGAAGGCUGAGGAGAAGAAUUGAGAACCAAGAACUUGCUUUGCUGAUCUUCAAAUUAUCAGUUUUUCCUCUUUUUCUACAAUAGACUCUAAAUGAACUGAAUUUGGACACUUGCAUAUUAUUAGUUGUUUUUUUUUAUUAUUAUUAUUAUCUGUUUUGCCUCAAGAUCACAAGUCCUUGACGCCACUGGGGGGGAACAAUAGGAGAUAGUGAAUUACCGAAACAAAGAAGCCCUUUCCAUGCCAGCUCUCCCCCUCUGCACCGUGGAACACCACGCUUACUGUCAUUGUCAUCAUAACUGCUGACAAACUGUGAAAAGAGGCUUGUGAUAGUGAUAAUUCCCACAUUGGGCUAACUUUUUGUUUUGUUAUUCUGAAGCAGAGUUUGUUUGUAGGGGGAGAGGAUAAUGUAGCCUGCUUUUCAGCAGCACAGGGUCAGGGACCAGGCAUUAUUAUGGAGGUGCAUUUUCAGUCUAAAAUACCAUUAUGCACUAUGUCCACUGUCCAUGCUUCCACUGUUACAAAGAGCAAGUUAGGCGAAGAUAUUUUUUCCAGUGGAUGCUUUGUAGAAAUAGUGUCUUUGGUCAGUUCUGUCGGGAACUGACCGGAAGAGGAAUCCACUCCGGACAGUUUAGGGCCAUCAGAUUCACGCUGCGGAUUGCGGCCAACACUGAUAGCGGGCUGAUAGGAGAUCAGAUGCACUUAGCUAAGCAUUUCUUUUUCUUUCUUUUUAUUUUAAAAAUCUGAAACCAUCGAAACUCCAAAGUCAACGGUUCGGCAGAGUUUGGCGCAGCUACGCUCUGACUCAAGUUCCUCACCGUGAAAUCAAGUUUCUGUACAUCUUAACAUUCCCAAACUUAAAAGCAUGUAAGGUUUAUGUAACAGAGUGUGCCCUACCUGACCUGUGUGCUCACCGCCCUCUCCUUUUCUUUCCACUAAUUGAGUUCUUAACCUUGCCUCUAAAGCGCAUCUAAGUGCCAGUGCAUCUGUAAAUACAUGUAUGUGGGAGAAAUGUUACUUUUCAUUUGCACUCAAAUGAUUUGAAAUGUUUCCUCCACCUUCGAAUAAAAGCUGUCAAAGACCACACAUUUGCAUUCAUGAAAAAUUUUACUUGUGUCCUUGGACAGCUGCUGGAGAAAUGUGCGCUUCAAUAAAUAAAACUUUAUUUAGAUACCACGAGUCCAUGUCUCAAGACACUGAGCUUUAAAGAGUAGGUCUAGAGUCUUUUAUGUUGCUUUAGUUUGGGGUUGUGGGAAAAACUCAAUAACUACAGAUCCUGUAACUUUUAAUAACUUUUGAUCAAGGCAGCACUUUUAAAAUUAACCUCAAUAUUACCAUUUGAAACAAACACAUCGCUAAAGUUUGGAUUUACCAAUAAAAGUAUUUUGUGUUACUAAGCAACGCCUUCUUACUUAGCAUGUGUGCAUUUGAAUGUUAGAAUGGAGACCAGGGUACGAGAGUCAUGCUUUUAUACUAUUGUGAUGUAGCUCAAAGUGGCUAUUAACUACUAAAAUUAUUUGAAAUUCAGGAGAGAGAUGUUGCAAACAGGUGUGAAAAACUGAACAGCAAAUAGACACAAAACCAGCGAGUUUGAGCCAACAUACUCUUAAAUUCAUCUGUGAGGUAGCAAAUACACAGGCUUCAUAUUAAUGUUGUUUUUCACUUCUAUACAACAUAUAUGUAACUCGAUGUUAAUGUGCAGGUGAACAAAAACAUAACAAUAACUAGAAGAGUCUGAAACUUUUAUUUACUCUUCUCAGGUUGAUGGGAAAUAAUUGAGCAACGGCAUGGAAGUUAUGCAUGUCCUGUGUGAACAUAAGCACAAUGCAUGCCAGACUUGGACUAACUGAGUUAGAAGCACGUCAAAAACACUCAACCCAACCCAAAAAACCCUUGAAAUUUUGCGCGUGACUCCACCUCCUGGUUCGUCAUGUCCUCUUUUUGGGGAUCCAGAAUAUGGUCACCCUAAUUUGACUUAAUACCGACUGAAGUAAACGCUGUACAAAUAGCUUGUCAUUUGAUUAUUUUUAGACUUCUGUUAUCAGAGACUCAAUGAAAUUUUAAGUUAAUGGUAAAAACCCAUAGUCUACUUUUUUUUUAAAUCAAAGAAAGGCACCGAUAAGGGAAUCAUUAAAGAAUUAAAUCGAUAAGCAGAAUCGAUAAUGGCAUCGAUAUUGAUAAAAUCUGAACAGUUCCCAUCCCUAGUGCACAUUAAUCUGCUUCCUGUCCGACCUCAAAAAAACGAAAUACCGCCACGCCACGUUUUCAUGCCAGUGUUAUCGGCGAUGUCAUCAUUUGUUGAGCCUUCGUCUGCAUUUCUGCCGGAGGGUAGCACUCAUUUUCUUUUUUCACAGGCUUCAUAUUAAUGUUGUUUUUCACUUCUAUACAACGUAUAUAUAUAUAUAACUCGAUGUUAAUGUGCAGGUGAACAAAAACAAGUCACAAUUACUAGAAGAGUCUGAAACUUUUAUUUACUCUUCUCAGGUCGAUGGGAAAUAAUUCCUCUUCACAAAAAUAGGAACGCAUGUACAUUUAUAGCAUAUUCUAUCAUUUUCAUACAUAUUGAUUUUUUUUAUUUUUUAUUAGAGAGUCAGAAAACAACAUCAGCUCAUGGCUGAUUGAACAGAUUCUUUGCUGACUGUCAGGAAUGAUCCCUGACCUGCAGUGACGUCCAUCCCCUAAAAAAGAACAUUGGACUAUAAUGGCAGUCAUCUUAAAGAGGAAUGACAUCGAUACUGUUUUUGACAUGUGGUCAAAUGAGGGUCUGACAGUCCGGCUAAUACCAGGCAACUUAGCAGCUAAUGGUCGAUCAGGUGUUUCAAGAUGAUCCAGUUAGUUGCACCAUUUAUACUCAGAUACAUCAAGUUCUUCGAAAAGUAGCCCUGUAUACCACAGUGCCACCUACAGAGCAGCCUUUGUAACCGAACAUACUGUUUUCAUGCUAAGGCAGCUGGGUGAGACUUUCAGAUUGGGAUCGUAUUAGCCACAGGGUUGUAAACAGCCAACCUUGUCAGAGAGCGAGAGUCUCUACCGUCUCUACUACCACAGCUACCAUCUUUAGUCUGAGUUCUGGAGAAAGGAAUCUAUGAAUGAAGCAGAGACGGAAACAGGAAAUAUCCUUAUGAGGAGACUAAUCUUCUUGUGCCUUUCUUCCAGAACUUUUUGAUAGUUUACUUUUUUUAUCCAGCCCGACUUGCCUUCAAGUGUCACUUCUAUGUUCAAAACAAAACACCAGCAGUCAUAUGUUUUACCUUCAUGCACAACCGUGUUUCUUAAGAGCCUCUUAACAGGAUGAAAAAAAUCCCCACAUGUCCUAUUAAACUGGCUUCAUCUCAUAAAACACAAGCUUUUCUCUCAAAAGGCCACAAUGGUUAAAUCUUUACGUUAAUAUCUACCUCUUUACAGAAACGUAAACUUCUGGCUUUGAUUUACGACAGAGGGUUAGAGGGAGAUUUUGAGACUUCAUUUCAGUAUUAAUUUACAAGAAUAAAAAAAUCACAAAUUAAAAGUAAAAUUGUGAGAGAAAGGAAAUAAAUUUACAAGAUUAAAACUAUAAUGUUAUGAUAUAGAAGUCAUGAUUAGAAAGGAUGCUUAGCCGAUACUAAAAAAACAUAAAGGGGAAAGAAAUAAAAGAGGCUGCUGUAAAAUGAGGAACGUGGAUCAUCUUUAAGUGUUUUACAAGCAGAGGUUUCAGAGAUGUCCCCUUCAUCUUCAUAGACUUAGUGUCUUACACAAUUUAUUCACAUCCCUGGUGCUUUAGUUAUUCAUGAAACUAAACUAUAGCUUUUAAAAGAUGCUCCAAGUUCCUUGUUUUAGAGCAGCUUGCUAUCGCUUCUUCUGAUCUCUGUUUAAAUAUUAUAGGAGCUAACCAAAGACUAAAAUUGUGACUUUUUCCUCAUGAAAUUCUUGUAAAUUAAUGACCUUAUUCUCAAAAUCUUUUUUUAUAAUAUGGCCACAUUACUCUGUCUUACCUAUAAUACUCAGAUGGUGCCAAGUAUAAGUAAAAAACCUCUCCAUUUUUAUGUUCAGAAGUAAUUCAUGUAACAAGACUGAAAAUUAACUGCAAAACAAGCUCAAUUUUAACCCUCUGAGUGAGACAAUACUAAAGCUGUACCAGACAGCUGCUGCAAUUUGAUUGAAUUAUCAUUUUUAUGAUAUCACUGCAACAUCAUACCAACUCAUUUACUUACUGCAGAUGAGAAAUCGAGAAAUGUGAAGCCACCUCCACCUCUGAAAUCUCAAUUCAGCUUCGACUUCAAUCUCAGUCCUUGACUUGUGUGCAGCAUGGGUGACGUGUCUGUAUACAAGUCUAAGAUAUCAUCUUUGCCGCGUCACCUCCUCACUUCACACAUCUUUGAAUAACAAACAUUUUCCACACUGCAAAUUAGAAUAAACCGUUUUUCACUUGAUGGAGCUAAACCAUGAUCACAAUCUCAUUCAUGUACUUGAAUUUAUAAUUUAUCAACCAAACACUCCACUCAAAGUGAAACAUCCAUUCCAGGCUUCAUAAUGAGUAUAAAAAAAAGAUGUAUCAAACAUAUCUUUUAAAGGUUGGGUAUAUAAAAAAGGAAAAACAAAGACAUUUAUCUUCGUUUCUCUACAUGGGACAGGCUUCUUUCGCUUCACCUUUCCGUUUCUAUGAUAUAACACAAACAUAACUUACAUAUUAAAAAAAAAUCAUUAUUCUGUUUUGGAAAAAAAAAAGAAAGAAAGAGAAACACGUGAACAAAAAAGGCCGGACUCGUUCUGGACUUGGUGAGAGCCAUGAGGAUGAGGUAUAAUGACCUUUAAGAGUGAUAUAAAUGACCAGCACACCUCAUGUGGAAACAACCAAACUGAGUGAUGAAGAUUAAAACAAGAGCAAAGCUGUUUUCUUGAGGGAGACAUUCAUAUGUAAUCAUUAGCUUUAAAUCACCUACCAUCACUCCUGGUUGUGUUUAUUCCUGAGGGUUAUUUUUCUGUCUUAGUCGAUAUUUGAGUGUAUUCACUUCUUAUUAUAAGCUGUAACCACCGGACAUAACAUAAUGAUUCACCCUCGACUUUCCCGUCUGCCCGCUUCUUCGCUCUCACUUUGCCUGACCAGCAUUUGCAGAUGGUGCUAAUCUGCUUUAUCAGUCUUACAUUAUAUUUUCAAAUCUGUACAACUUCACCGACUGUGUGCUGAAACAGUGUAAUGUAAUGUAGAGCACCUUGACUUCUUGAGGUGAGUGAAUUCAAUCUUCAAACUUCAAUCUUCCAGCGCUCCCUGGAUUGAAGUUUUGGCGGGAACAACGGCAUGACCACAGCUGAUAAACAACAGUGAGUAUUUUUGACAAUCUGUUGAACGGCCACAAAAUGUUAACAACAAGACACUCUUCACACAUAUCAACUCAAAACCAACCCCUCCUGUACAAACACACACAGGUAUUUGGCUGUCAAAGCAGACAGAUCCUCUGAUUGGACGUUAACCCCAAUAAAGGAAGUGCUUUGUGCACCUGAUUGGCUGUAAUCUCGACUUUUAAAAAUUACAGCACGGAGAGAAUCUCUUUGUAGCAGGAUGGUCGUCGUCGUUGGAUGUGGAUGCAGCGUCCCUUUUCACACUGAUAUCUCAUACGUGGUGCCUCCCACGCCUGUCACUUUUUUGACGUUACUAUGGCGACUGGGGCUCAUGGUGGCACCUUGGGCACUGGGGUGGCAGUCCAUUUGCCCGUUAACUUUCAUGGCCUCUCUGAGAGAAGAGAGAAGAAUGAAGAAUUACUCGACAGGAAGAGGAAAAACACGACAGCAGCGGUUCCAGUCACAUGCAGGUGAGAUUCGAGGAGGUUAAAAAAAGACAAAAAAAUGAUGACUUAAAGAUAGGGCUGCACAAUUAUUGACAUAUUCAUAUUUAAGACAAUUAUCAUUAAUUAUGUAGAAUAUUUUCAUGUAGUGGUGCCAAAAAAUAAAGGACCUGAAAUUGCACAUUUUUCACAGAGGGAAUAUACCACUCAGCCUUUCAGUCUUCACCCAUUUUAAUUGUUUGCUCACUCUUUCCCUCUGCUUUACUAACACACAUCUGCUUCUACACUCUGAGACACAUACUGGUAAAGAAAAGGAGAGACGAGGCAGGAGAAGCACACAUUUAUAACAUCAGUAGUUACCUUUAAUUGAAAAAUCGUAAUCAGAAUUAAAAUUCGAUUAACUGUGCAGCCCUACUCGAAUGUGUUUGUUAGUCAAACAAACUGCUUUAAAGGUUAACAUAAAGGGAAAAAGCAUGCAAAAGAAAAGGAGGUUAGAGGAGUCACGACUUUAUUCACCCGACACUCAUGAAAUGAUACAAAAAUGAUAUUUUUCUAGAAAGGCAAACAAACAAAACAGAACAGAACAUGUAGAAUCCACAUCAGACAUUACUUUAUGGGUAAUGAGACAUUACAGAUAUUGUUCAUCAUGCUACACUUUGCCUUUGGACUAGUACACGUCAGUGCUCAUGCAGUGCUGUUGCAGUCCACAUAAAGGUGCAGGUUUAUUGGUGGGAGUGCAUUUAGUUCCCAUCAGUCCCUGUUCAGUACAAAGCAUGCAGUCCCUCAGGGUGGGUAACAUUAAGAUUCAUACCUUGGGCCCCCCAGACGAGGUGAGUCUGUCCUCUCGUGGGCAUUCAUGUAGGAGAGUUUCUGGUGGGAGUAGGAGGGGGAUCGGGGCAUGGCAGGGGAGUGGGGCUGGUGGACCGGGGAGCGAUAGGGGCCAUCUGGGCAGGUAGCCCUGCUGUGGCUGCUGUUGGAGCUACUGUGAUCAGUGUGCAGGGAGGUGGAUGAAGUCCUGGGGGCGCGGCCCAGCGUGGACCCAGCGUGGCGCAACACGGGCGUCCGUUGCCCGUAGGUUAGCCCAACCCCCAUGAGGUUGUCUCUGGAGCCUCCGUAGGCAGGAGGUGUUGGGCCUCUAGAAACAGGGCAACGUGGCCCAUCUGGGUAGCAAGCGUUGUGGGACAGGCCAUAGCCCCCGUCAAAAACGCCAGAGUCCUGGGCGUAGAUAUGGGUCUGGGAGCGCCCACGCAGCAUCUGCCGCUUCUCCCUCUCCUCCAGCUCUUUGCGCUCCUGGAUGGAGGCCAUGAUGGUCUGGGAGAGGUUGUCGUAGCGCACAGGAGAUGGGUCCCUUUCCCUCAGGUGAGGGGAGUGCCUGCCCAUCCCUCUAGGUGGCAGCACUGGACUAUAGGUUGGGGCAACCUGCUGCCUCUGCAUUUCAGGCUCCCGGAUGUGGCACAUUUUGGUGGGCAGGUAGGGCGAGUGGAAGCCCAUGGAAGGCAUAGCACGAUGGGCCAUGCACUCGCUGGCAGUGGCAGGGGAGAUGCUGGGGUUGAGCAGGCUGUCAUAAGACAGGCUGCCGUUCCGGUUGGAGAGUGUGUUGGGGGAGAAAACACUCUUGUAAGGGGUGGAGGUGACCGUCUGUGGCUGCAGAGCUGAGAGCUGGCCUUUCUCAGGCCGGUGGUGACCUUGCUUCAGGCUGAGAGAGCGGGAGCCGAUGGGGUCAGAGUCCAGCUGGAGUGGAGAGGACUGGAAGGUGCGGUGGAGGGGAGCGUUGGUGUAUUCAGGCAUGUCCAAGUUUGGCUCGGAUCGGUAGUCAUGACUACGGACACCCUCUUCUAAGAUGGCUGAGGUCUUCAGGUCAUCUGCCAUGACAAUCUAAAGAGCAGAAUAACAGAUGUGAAUUUAGAGGAAAUAAAGGUGUAAAUACUCACCCUAAAUCAAACACCCUGAGUGUCACGUAUCAUAUCAUCAAGAUCCAAACUGAUCCUGUCUUACCUUCUCUCCGGCGGUGUGGUAGUGGACUUUAGGCAUGGUGCCAAAGGAUGGCCUGUAUUUGUACAUGGCUGGAGUGGACGGGUGGGUCUUACCAGAGAGAGAACUCUCUAAAACAGACAGAGAGAAACAAAGCCCAGUCUGUUAAGGAAAUAAAAAGAGACAUCUUUUUCCAGCUCUGCUUGAAAUUUAAAGCAAAACCCCAGGCUGAAAUGUAUUUUCAAAGUUAAGAGUCUAGAGGGACUAAAUUCUUGAAUUUUGCAGCAUCACCACCCCUGCAGAAUAACAGAAGUAUCCUUAUGUUCCACAAAAGCCCACUGCCAGUCUCUUGUUGCCAGCUUUAUCAUUGAGCCAAACCUGAAACCCCAAGGUGCUGUUUAUCAGGUAAGUCCCUGCUCAGUGCCUCCUAAAUAUCUCCAAGGAAUAUGUAAAAUUCAUUCUGUUUGGUUUCUUUGCUUAUGAGACAGAAUCCAUUCAGAGCUGCAGUACCUCAAAGAUCCACCAGGCAGCAGUAGUGCUCCUCAGAAAAACAGAAAAGGUUCACUCCCAGAUAAAACUGUCAAUGAGGCUUUGGAAGGACCCUCCUGUUUAAGGUUUCCAUUAUCUAUCACAUACAUUUAAUUCGAGAGAAUUCAACACUGAAAACACUGUCAGACACUCUUGGCGGCUACACUCUGAAACCAGGACUACGUCAGCUGCUGUCUCAGUUCCUUAUAGAAAGAGGUGACUCCCAAAUGCAGUCCAUCAUUUUUAGAUUAUCUUGACUCGAGACAAUAUUGUUUUCCCUCGAUUUCAGCGAGCUUUGUUGCAACAUGCCAUCAAAAAAACAGGUGAUGAUUCAUGUUGCAGUGAUUCACUCAGAAAUCUCUCUAUUGUGCCACAAAUCUGGUGCUGAUUCAGUGAACAGGGUUUGUCUCCUUGCAGCAAAUCAGGACUCUUUUUCAGCCCUGCAUACAUAUAAAGUCAUUGACCUGACACUGAAACGGACAUUUAUCACGCUGAACUGGCACCAAGUCCCAUCCUGGGACACGGUGAGUUUGGGGGGAUGAGUUUUUUUCCCCGCACAGCCAGAGGUGAAGGAAAUGAGAUUAAGGAUGACUGCUGGGAGAUUUGUUUGUGUACCUAAGGAAUCCUACAUUUCUUACCUUCACUGGAGGUCAGCUGGUUUUUCAGCUGGUUGUACCUGUCGGCUUUAGGCGGCAGCGGUGGUUGGGUUUCUUUUUCAUCCAGGCCAUCCAGGCUGCUUUUGGACUAGAGGGAGAAGAGCAGGGUGUUAAACUCGUCCAAAAAAACCAAAACAGGUGGGUGGACAGCAGAGGAGAUAGAGCAGAGCAUGUGUUGGUGCUGGGGAUGAACCAACACUGCUCUCACAGAUGGUCAUAGUAAAGCUGCACCAGGCAAAGCUUGUGUUUAAUCUAGUCAAUGGCUGAUGGAAGGAGGAGCAGUGAAAGGAAACCAUCUCAGAGUUGUGUUUACAGUUUAUGUCUAAUGAGUCUCGGACUAAUUUUGGUUUUGCACCAGCGCUUUUGGAGCUGUACACUAUUUUUCCUAUAGUUUUCUAUCUUCUUAACCUGGUUCCUACAUUACCCACAAUGCAAUCUAAAAAUACUUCAUUUGGAGACUCAGGUGUGGCACACUUGUUUGGCCUGAUCCCAAUCCCCACCUUUGGCCUGAGCACUAAACCCAGUUGGAUUUGUCAGACAUGCUUUGUGUGAGAGAGCAAGAAUCCAUGAGGGCUUGAAAUGCUCUAAAGUGGGGUAUGCUACUGUGACAAAACCCUGCAAGAAGAUUUUUGUAGUCCAUGAAUUACAGGACAUUUGGUAAGUGCAAACAAAAUUCUGACAUUUUACAUUUUCAACUUUGAGUGCAAACUAUUUGUCCACUUUUAAGGAUUGGAUUGGACUCUCAUGUUUGCAGUGAACUUCUGCAUCAGUGUGCUCAGAGGGAGCUUCAGGGGGAGGGUGUCCUCUUGGGUGCCUCUGUCUCAUUGGAGUCAUGAACACACAGUCUUUUCUGGGAGUCCCUGAGCUCCAUCAUGCCGUAGGUUCCUCUGGAUCCCUGCAGCAGACUUUAUGCUACCAUGAACCUGUCUGCUUUCCAGCUCUGUCCAUCUCUCUUUCUGCAUCUCCUUCUUUCCAGAUCUAAAGAGUGACAUUUUUAAUUUAGAACAACGUCAAUGUCCAGUCAAUUCUUGCAGUGUGUUAUAAUUAAAUCCACAAAGUCUUGAGAUCUUUGCAUCCCGAGUGGGUUCCCUGUAAGCCUGCAGAACGUCAGCUUGGGCCCCUUGAGGUCUGGACAAAUGAAGGGUUUGGACUGGUCUCAAUUCUUGCAGACUUCCUGUGAACUCACCCGCAAAGUCUGAGAGUCUGAAAGACCAGAAAAGUCCAGACAUCUGAAUUUAGCGAGAGAUGAGGCGUGAUCGGCAGGUCUGAUGUGCUCGUCUCUUUUUGUCAUUCUUCUCCCACACAUACAGUAAGGCAGCCUUCAGCUUUUCCCCACAUGUGCCACACACACUUUCUUCUCGAUGUCAUUUAAUUUUCUCAGGAUCCGACAUUGUCUGGGAGCAUUCCCAGCUAGAGGAAAAUAAUUGAAUCUCUGGGGUUAUUUUAGGGAACAGGAUACUACUCAUCACUGGGGCCUCACUUUGAGCUCGAGACUAAUGAAAAGACAGUAUUUUAAAGAUCCAGACCAUCUCCAUCAGGCCUUUAAGGACCAUAAAUUAUAAUUUCAUGCUAAAUGACAUGAACGGGAGCCAAAGGCUGCAUAUCUUUGAGUGAAUCAUUCAGCUUUUGUCUGUAACAGUAUGCUUCUGUCUGUCUAUCUGACAGUAGGCAUGUUUCCACUCUUUUACUAUGAACACUGCCUC